GCUCUUACGUUGUUGCAGUUUGUACUAUUCGCCUCUUGUCGCUGUAUAUGAAAGUGUGCAAUUGUUUCAACUAUAAAUUUUACACCAGUUUCAAUUAAGCUUGUUAUAUAACAGUGGUUAGCAGAGGCAGUUUUCAUGCAAUAUGGGAUUUCUUGUCUUCGUAUUUUAUCUUCUGUUGAUAACAUCUACUCUCAUUCAAAGUCAGGAAAACGAAUUUCAAUUUCCUGAACCCAAACCCAUUCAACUGACAAAAACACUCGACAUUGGACAUGGUAACCAAGCUUGGGUGUUAGACAACGUAAUCACACCACAUGAUACCCAAAUCAUAGAAUCAGCUUUCCCAUUCGAUUUCGUGGAAUCAAAAGGAUACGUCUUCGUAUAUCAGAAUUAUUCAGCUAAUAUCCCACGUGAAGAUUGGAACUUUGGUCUCCCGCCCUGGUUAAAAGAGAUUAAUGUUUCCCUCUUUCAACAAAUGGAACUAUGGAAUCGAACUCAACCUUUCGUGGAAAACAUCCUUCAAAAACCGGUCAGGUUAGAAAGAGUCCAAACUGACUUUAUCGGUUCCUUAGAUCCCAUGACACCAAUGAAAAGUCGCUACUGUGAGGAAGGCCGUUACUUUUUAUCCAUAUUCUACCACAGUAAUUGGAAGUUGAACAGUUAUGGCCACGUUUCAUUCUACAGCGAGUCUCACAACCCGAACAUCACAGACGAGCCUCGUUUAGAAAUAACAUCUUCGGUUCAUCCGCAUGGACUUCGAGGCAUACUAUGGCCAUCAUGCCAUGUAACGUUAUUCCGAGGGCCAAGUAUCAACCAAUACAAAGGGAUUGAAAAACUGACGCUCUGGUUGAACACAAAGGAUGAAGGAUCAGCACCGGACGUCCCCACGUCCAUCACUCAGUCGAACGCAGAUAGCAAGGAAAGCAUGAGGAAUUUUCGCUUUCCUGAUCUACACCGUGUCAUUAACUACACGGAUUGCCUCACGAGAACAACUUACGAUGUAACCACUAACAAGCCGAUUCAUGUGCUAGAUGGCGUUUUCAACGCUGAAGAACUAAAAUCCUGGAAGCGACUUUUAUUUCGGAAAGGAGCCAAUAGUAAUGAAUGGGAUAGUUCGAUUGUAGAAGACGGAGACAACGUUAGGUGGUUGUGCUUGUAUGAUGUGGACGACUUCGCAUCUUCAGAUAUGUGGAAGCGACUGCAGGAUGUUCUCGCUUUUGUUUCCAACGAAACAGAAUGGAUGCCAUAUGACGUGGCAGUCAACUACCUUAAAUCAUACGACAACACAAGAAUACAUCCUGACGCAAAGGAACAUGAGGUGGAAUACACACUUCUGUUGUACCUAAGCGAAGGCUUAACACCUAAUGAUUAUGCUGAGACUAAUUGGGUGGUUCACCAACCCGACGAUGGUGUACACGGGUAUUUAGGACGUGGUGGGGAGGUCUUCGAAACCAUUGCUGCUGUAGCUCCUAAGUUUGGCCGACUGGCUGUCUUUCGAAACAAUGUAGAGCAUUCUGCCCAUCCACCCACAGUGAGUUACAUCGGUGGUCGUUUCUCUUUCGCGGUCAAAGUUACAAGGAACUUGAGGUUAAAUUACAUCAAGCGACUUUAUGAGAAACUGGAAAACCUUGAAAAUAUGAAUAAACAUUACCAAAGAUUAAACAGGCAACUAAUGUUUGGAUUGCAAGACGAGCCAACGCCCCAAGCAUUAACAACUGAAUUCUUGGGGGAACUACUACAGCGGGUUACUGAUAAAGUAAACGAGCAGCGUAGCGAUCAUUUUUCCAGCAUAGAAGAACAGUUUCUCAAGUCUACAUAGAACACAGCAAACUACGUUUUGGACUAAUUUGUUGCAAUUCAGGCAAAAUGAAACAACAUUUUGUAUUUUAAUGUGAUUUAAUCAAAUGAUAUAUAUAUAUAUAUGUUUACUGGCUGGUAAUUGGCGAAUUUGGGCCUAUACUUAUUAAUUACUUUUUAUUAGCAACGAUAGUA